AUGUCAUUUCUCGGCGGGCCAGAAUGCUCAACAGCGGGGAAUCCCCUGACUCAGUUUACGAAGCAUGUUCAGGAUGAUAAGUCGCUGCAACGGGACAGACUCGUUGGACGGGGUCCCGGCGGUCUACAGGAAGGUAUGCGAUCAAGGAGUAUGAUGGGAGGUCAGGAUAAGAUGAUGGAUGAGUUUCUACAACAAGGAGACCAGAUGCCGCAAGGUCCCGCACAACCCUUUGCAAUGGAGCAAAUGAGACGUGAACUAGAAAAUUUCCAAACAGCGCCGCAGAGAACCGGCUCGCCUGGCUGGGCUGCAGAGUUCGAUCCUGGUGAACAGGCAAGAAUGGAAGCCGCCUUUAAGCCCGCUAUUGCUAGACAUUUCCCAGGACCUGAGUUUUCUUCUGCGGAUUUUGUUCGUUUUCAACAACAAAACCGAAACGGCAUGCAGGUUACGUCUGGUCCCGCUACGUCACAUACACCGAUGAUGAGCGCAUACCAACCACAGAUGAUGGGAUUUGGCGGGAUGAACCCGGGAUACGUGGGUAUGAUGGGCCCGCCAUAUCCUAUGGGAAUGCAGCAUCAUCCCCAUCCACCACAGCAAUCCACGCAAGACGAUAAGGGGAAAGGGAGGAUGAUAGAGUUGGACGACCAAAACUGGGAGGCCCAGUUUGCGGAGAUAGCCGCAUCGGGACAGAAGGAUGAGGAUGCAGAGGCAAAUGCCGCGAUUGAGGCAGAGUUGGAUGAGGUCGAUAGGUCAGUCCACACCGAGGCUGAUGAAUUUCGACGCUUUGAGCGUAUAUGGAAAGGCAUACAGGCUGAGACUGCAGCACAUAGGCAAAUGGCUGAUGAGGACCUAAGUUUUGAUCCCAUGCAUUUGGGUGAAUUCGGCGAAUGGGAUCACUUUGAUGGCGAUCUUAACGUGCGCAUCCGAGACCCUCAGAUGGGCGAUUAUCUCUUUGAAGAGGAGAACCCCUUUAAAUCUGCCAAUAACCCGUUCGAAGAAGGUAUUCGCAUUAUGAAAGACGGUGGUAAUCUCUCCCUCGCCGCCCUUGCAUUCGAAGCUGCAGUGCAAAAAGAUCCCAAACAUAUCAAAGCAUGGACACUGCUUGGCUCUGCCCAGGCGCAGAAUGAAAAGGAAAGUCCCGCCAUCCGCGCAUUAGAACAAGCCUUGAAACUUGAUCCCAAUAACCUAGAUGCCCUUAUGGGCCUUGCUGUCUCAUAUACGAACGAAGGUUACGAUUCGACCGCCUACCGCACCCUCGAACGGUGGCUGUCGGUCAAGUAUCCUCAACUCGUCGACCCAAAUUCACUCUCGGCAGACACCGACCUCAGCUUUACAGAUCGGCACAUUCUACACGAAAGAGUAACUGAUCUCUUCAUCCAGGCUGCACAGCUCUCUCCUCAGGGUGAGCACAUGGACCCAGAUGUUCAAGUUGGCCUAGGCGUGCUUUUCUACGGCGCGGAAGAAUACCAUAAAGCUGUCGACUGCUUCAGCGCUGCCCUUGCAUCGACCGAAUCCGGCAGCUCAAACCAGUCGGAUCAGGUGCAUCUUCUUUGGAACCGUCUCGGGGCCACCCUUGCCAACUCGGGCCGGUCUGAAGAGGCUAUUGAAGCUUACGAGAAAGCUCUCACCAUUAACCCCAACUUUGUUCGUGCUAGAUACAAUCUGGGCGUCUCGUGUAUUAACAUCGGUUGCUUCCCAGAGGCUGUACAGCAUCUGCUGGGUGCUCUGUCGAUGCACAAAGUAGUGGAAGAAGAAGGACGAGAACGGGCCAGAGACAUUGUUGGUGAUUCUAUUGACGAUGCGCAGUUGGAGCAUAUGAUUCAUAUUUCACAGAAUCAGAGCACGAAUUUGUAUGAUACCCUGCGACGGGUGUUUAGCCAGAUGGGACGGCGGGAUCUCAGUGACCUGGUGGUUAGCGGGAUGGAUGUUUCGGUUUUCAGAUCGGAGAACCCAUCCCUUCUAUCCUUUACGAUUAUACAAAAGGGUUUACCGUAUUCGAGGGAGGUGCACACGUGCGAGAAGAGUCAACUUGCAGUUUCAGAAGACAUGCCCCCUUUAACCGGGGCCCAAAUCGUGGCCCGCUCCCUCUACGACUUGGGAGUCAGCGUCAUUUUUGGAAUUGUCGGCAUCCCCGUCGUAGAAAUCGCAGAGGAAGCUAUUAAUCUGGGAAUUCGGUUUAUCGCAUUUAGAAACGAGCAAGCCUGUAGCUAUGCGGCAAGCGUGUUUGGAUACAUGUCAGGCAAACCGGGUGUCUGUUUGGUUGUGGGUGGACCGGGGGUUUUACAUGCAAUGGCUGGGAUUGGAAAUUCCACCGUGAACACAUUCCCAUUACUUGUCCUCGCCGGUUCGGCAGAAACGCACAUGGUGACUAAGGGUGGAUUCCAAGAGAUGGACGCCAUCACCCUCCUUACUCCUCACACAAAGCUCGCCAUACGGCCCUUUUCACCGGAAUCAGUGACUAAUGCGAUUCGAAAUGCAUAUAGAACAUGCUGGUAUGGAAGACCGGGGACGAGCUUCAUCGACCUGCCCGCGGACUUGAUUCAAGGCAAAGCCCCAGAGGGAUUCUCGCUACCACCGCGAGAGCGUAUCGUUGUCCCAUCUCCACCUAAGCCCAGCGGCGAUCCAGUGGUUAUAUCGAAAGUGGCACGACUUCUAAAGUCCGCACGCGCCCCGCUUGUCGUCGUUGGGAAAGGUUCCGCAUAUGCGCGAGCAGAAUCAUCAAUCCUUGAAUUCGUGGAGAAAACUGGGAUUCCUUUCCUGCCAACUCCUAUGGGCAAGGGAGUGAUACCAGACUCUCACCCUCUCAACACAUCGAGUGCACGAAGCGCGGCCCUGAAAAAUGCAGACGUCGUUAUCCUACUUGGGGCUCGCCUCAAUUGGAUUCUCCACUUUGGCGAAACGCCCCGCUGGUCACGCUCCGUUAAGUUUAUUCAGGUAGAUAUCAACGUGGAGGAGAUUGGGAGGAAUGCGGGAGAUGCGGAGCUGGGAAUAGUGGGCGAUAUAAGCUUGGUGAUCCAGCAACUUCUUUCCUCCCUAUCGAAUUGGAAGUACAAGCCUUCCUCCCCCACGUCUCCAAAUUCCUACCCGUCCAUCCUCGCUGCCUCUGCCUCAAAGAACGAAAAUGCCUCACAAGAGAAGGCUCUCCUACCCACCAAACCCAACGGUUUCUUGACUUAUCAGCGUUCCUAUCAUAUUAUAAAAACUGUUCUAAAUACCCUCUCGCCACCCGAACAAGGAAACAUAGUCUACGUCUCUGAGGGUGCUAAUACAAUGGAUAUCUCCCGCUCCUCAUUCCCGCUUGAACAACCACGGCAACGCCUUGAUGCCGGGACAUACGCUACCAUGGGAGUCGGCUUGGGCUACAUCGUCGCAGCGCAUGCCGCUUACAACCUGCCGUCAUCGCCAGGAGAGAAAAUUCCCCCAAAGCAGAAGAAGAUCGUGGCGUUGGAAGGGGAUAGCGCAUUCGGAUUUAGUGCGAUGGAAGUUGAAACGCUGGCGCGUCAUCGUAUCCCGGCGCUGAUCUUCGUCAUGAACAAUUCGGGCAUUUACCAUGGUGAUACGCAGACGAAGGACGAGUGGAAGACUCUACAGGAUGAGACACUUACAUCUACGAAUGUGGCGAAGGGCGGUUUGCGAUCGACGAGUCUGCUGUACGAGACCCGCUAUGAGCAUCUGGCGGCGAUGUGUGGGGGCCGGGGAUACUUUGUGCGGACGGAGGAGGAGCUGGAGAAGGCGACGAGGGAAGGGUUUUUGGAGGGUGAGAGGGUGACUAUUGUCAAUGUGAUUGUGGAGCCGGGGAUUGGGCAGUCGAUACAGUUUGGGUGGCAGGUGGCUAAGGAGAAGGGGACGGAGGCGAAAUUGUGA